AUGGUUUUGAUCAUUUCGUUUCCUAUGGUGUUGGCUUCCGAAAACAUGGGUUGGAAGAAUUUUUGCGUUUCUUCAAAUUGUCUUCGGUACAAAUCAAAGUUUCCAAACGAUAUUAUGCUCGACCAUUUUCUAGCUGCAACCGUGAAUUCCAAGUCGUCGUGUCUGAAAAUGGAGUCUUUUACCGCAACAUCGAUACACUCGUCGAGGAGUCCAGGGGUACAGAACAAGUAUUCAGUAACACCCAAGAAUAUUCUGAACAAUGGAGUCGAGCAGAUAAUAUGGUCAUAG